AUGGCUGACUUCAAAUCGGUGCUCAACAUCGACGAAAACACAAAAUGGAGGAUUGAAAGACAGCGCCAGAUAGAGCGCCAGGCCAAAAGGGAUGCAGACAGACGGCACGCGAUGAUGCGGCAGCCCUUCCUCGAGGAGCGCCUACUUACAGAGGAUAAUCCGCCUAACUGCACGCUGGCGGCAUUCAAGGAGCCGCGGCUACGCAAGUGUCCAUUCAAGUUUGACCAAAUAUCUCGUGUUGAUAAAAUUACACAACAUCCUGACCAGAACGCUGGCAAGUGUGACGGCGGCCUAGAUGGCUGGAAUUGGAAAGUCGACUUCGAGGGCGUCACGGGAGGCCCAUUUGUCCUGAAGCUGUUUUGGGACUAUGAGCCCCCCGAGCCUCCGUACUAUUUUGCCGCCCAGCGCGAGUGCCAAAACGCCGCCCUUCUCCAGCAGAUGCACGAGGCCCUACGACCCGAAACCGCCGAUAAAGGACCGGUGCGCAUACUUCCCGCGCCGGAGGACAGGUCGGAGUGCAGGGCGAACCUGAUGGCCUUUUGCGACGAGCAGCGCGCCAUCCAAAAGCAGCACCCCAAGCACGAGGAUCUCGAAGACGUCACCUCAAUGCCUCAGCUGCGCAGGUGCUACGGCUGGAUGAAGGUGACGAGCGCGCAGCUAAAGGCCAAGAUUCCCCGCAAGCGCUGGCCACCAUUUGUCGAUUGUGGCAAGGUGGUGCGUGGACUUGAUAGGCCCACCAACGAGAAGGAGUACCUGGCCAUUGUGUACGAAUACAUUGAGGAGAGCGAAAAUGUGGCCGAGACGAUGCAGGAGACGAUCAAUUUUCUCCACAAUGCUGGAUUUCACUUCUGCCUGUCCUCCAUGUUGCGCAACUGGAAGAAUUCGAUGCUUGUUGAUCAUUCGGAUAUCAUCCAUGUGGGAGGGAAUGGAUGGCGCAACGUUAGGCUAUUGACGGCAGAGGAACUAUUACCGGGGGAGGGACGAUGUCGAUGA